ACGCCUUAGGCCGGAAGCAUUGCAUAGACGCAUGCUUCAAACAGCACCUCGCCUCUGUAUUGAGAAGUGCAAUGAGAAAGAUGUGUGUUCAGCUUGGCCUCUUCCUGUUCAUGUGGGCUGUUGCUCUCCCAGUGUCUUUGGCAUUCAACAUUGACACCACGAAACCCGAAGUCUAUAAUGGGGAUCAAAAAGCUUUCUUUGGAUACAAAGUGCUUCAAUUCGUGUCUGGCGUCAACAAGGGGAUACUUGUCACUGCACCUCUUCAGAAUAAUGGAUCUGGGGCAGUAUGCAAACCAGAUCACAGCCAAACUACAAAAUGCUUCAAACCACAAGGUCUCUCAUUUGAAGACAAAGCAAUACAAGUCAAGCAUGUCGGACUGUCCAUAGCUGAAGACCCGAUAAACUCCCAAUUCACCGUUUGCAGCCCUUAUGUAGCUCACGAAUGUUAUGAGAACUCCUACCUGAACAGCGUGUGCUACAAGAUAACAGAAGAUCUUCAGGAGAUUUCCUCUUUCAAACCCAUUUUUCAAGAAUGCAGAAAAAAGACUGUAAACCUCGUCUUCCUCUUUGACGGGUCAAGGAGCAUGAGUGAUGAUGACUUUGAAAAAAAUAAAUAUUUCAUACUGGAUAUAAUGAACAGCCUCCAAAACACAUCGAUCAAGUUUGCAGCAGUUCAGUUCGCCACAUCUUACAGGACAGUCUUUGAUUUUGUUGACUAUCAAAAUGGGAGUGCGAGCCAAAAACUUGAAGUGGAAAGUCAUAUGCAAAGCCUCACCAACACCCACCAAGCCCUGGAAUUUGUAUUGAAAAACCUCUUUGAGAAUAAACGUGCAGGUGCCUCAUCCGAUGCAAUGAAAGUUCUGGUCCUGAUCACAGAUGGAAAUCCAAGUGACACCGAGGAAGAUGCAAAUAUGAUUAUCAAGACCUAUACUGAAAAACAGAUCAUUCGAUUUGUCAUUGGGGUCAAAAUUGAAAACCUGAAUGAAGUGAAGACAAUUGCCUCAGACCCAAAGGACAAAUAUGCUUUUAAAAUUGAGAAUUAUGAAGGGCUCACAGGAUUACUGGAAAACUUUCAAAAACACAUAUUUAAGAUAGAAGGAGACAACAAAGUGGCUCGGGCCCAAGAUAUGACCAAUGAGAUGUCGCAGACGGGAUUCAGUGCUGCAUUCUAUAAGGAUACCAUGAUUCUGGGUUCAGUGGGCUCAAACAGUUGGCGUGGUGCUCUGUAUGAGCGUCAUGAUCAAAUUGAGACACAGAUUGAAGAUUCACAAAUGCAGAUGGACUCUUACAUGGGAUACUCUGUUUCUGUAGGACAGGUGAACAGGGUUCCUCUGUAUUUCACGGGUGCACCAAGAUUUGAGCAUGUAGGACAAAUUGUAGUCUUUGCACACAACGGGAACAGCUGGAAUGUAACCCAAAGAAUAAAUGGGGAACAGAUUGGUUCCUACUUUGGGGCAGAGCUUUGUACUAUUGACGUGGACUCAGAUGGCAAUACCGAUUUUCUCCUGGUCGGAGCACCACUGUUUUACCACCCUCGGGAGAAGUCUGAAGGCCAGAUCUACGUCUACACGCUGACUGAGGAGAUGCUACUGAAAAGUGAAAUAAAUGUAACCCAACCGUCCAUGGGGAGAUUUGGCACCAGCAUAGCUAGUCUUGCGGAUCUGAAUGGAGAUGGACUGCGAGAUGUUGCAGUUGGGGCCCCUCUUGAGGAUGCUAACGCAGGGGCAGUGUACAUCUACUUAGGUGACAGACACCAAGGGAUACGCAGUGUUUAUUGUCAGAAGAUCAUGGGACAGAAAAUAAAACAUGGGAUAAGAUUCUUCGGACAAGCCAUCAAUGGAAACAUAGACCUGGGGGAUGACGCUCUACCAGACAUUGUAGUCGGAUCGUAUGGGGCCGCUGUUGUCUUAAGGUCCAGGCCUAUUGUUACUGUUACAGCUCGUCUGUCUUUUCAUCCUAAGGAGAUAAGCAUUGACCAAAUUGACUGCUCAGGAAAAACGGACACAAUUUUACCUAUGGUUAACCUAACAACCUGCUUUGAAAUGGUAGAAACAACAAAGAGUAAAGCAGGAGCUAUGAAGUUAGGGCUAAACAUUUCGUACAAUCUUGAUGUGGAUCCAAUGAGACAAUCACACCGAGGUUUCUUCAGUCCAAGUGACAGGAAAUCCAGGAAUCUUACUUUUACCUAUGAGCUGCUGGAAAAAGACAAAUGCUUCCGAUACCUCGUCUACAUGCCAAAAUGUGUGAAAGACACACUGUCACCUAUCAGCAUCAAAUUAAACUUCUCCCAGGUGGACAGUCAGAGUGCAGAUGUUGUCCUGAAUGCGGAUGGCAAAACGCAAGCUAUUGUCGAGGUUCCUUUUGAAAAGCAAUGUAGAAAGAAUGACACAUGUAUUGCUGAAAUUGAAGUGGACUUCAAAUUCUUGACUCCAACAUUACUAGUGGCUGAAGAUAAUUACUUCAACAUGUCUAUUACAAUAGUCAAUCAUGGUGAUGACUCAUACAAUACCAGCCUGACAAUCCACUAUCCCCCAGGCCUCUCCUUCUCUAGGAUGUUUCAGAUUAUCACACAGACCACAAGACCAACGCUCCACAACUGCGAUGAUCUGGACGGAGUAACGGACAAAACCAUAUGUGGUGUCAGCCUUCCAGUGUACCGCAGCAGAUCAGCAGCAACAUUUCAAAGUUCUUUCCACAUCAUCACCAAGUAUCAGUGGAAUGACACUAUUGCAAUUAGUGUCACUGGAAAAAGUGAUAAUAACAACUCCACGAUGUCUCUGCUGACCAAGACGCUCCAAGUGCAAUUUGAAAUAAAAAUGGCACUAACAGUGAAAGAGGACACCAUGACUUAUCUGAAUUUCACAGAGGAGGACACAGACCCCAAAAGAAUGCUCAUUACAUAUAAGGUAGAUAACCCUGGCUGGAAGGCUUUUCCUGUGAAUGUGUCUCUGAGUUUUCCAACUAGACUCCAACACAACUUUGAGAUGGAAAACUAUCAAGUCUUUGUAAAACAGAACAAAACACAGUGCACGAGCAUUACUGGAAUUCAUUCUGAAUACUGUUCACCAGAAAAAUACUGCAACAUCAUCGAGUGUGACACGUACAUCCUGGAAAAAGAAUCUUCGACUGAGUUUAUAUUGUCUGGAGACAUCAAAUUUAGCGAUCUUGCACAGCGUGCACAAAAUAGGGCAUUUCUGAAAAGAUAUACCGGAGAUAGUGCAGAGGUUAAGUUCAAAAGCAUGAUACAUGUCGAUUACGACAAACAACGAUAUGCGCUGGAGUCUUAUACACAAGAGAUUAAAGGAUUGGCACAGGAAAUGAGCGAUGGCAUGUGGAAAGACAACAAUCCCACAAAGAGAUGGUCUGAAGUUCAUGUUGAAUUCAUCAUUUCACCUGAUAAACAGUUCAUCAUUUUAACCGGAACUGGACUUGGACUUACACUUCUGAUUCUUAUUACCAUCAUCAUGUAUAAGCUGGGAUGCUUUAAGAGAAAAACAGUCCAGUACUAUCAAGACCAGGAAGAAGAGGCUGCUCUUCAGCUGGAAACUUCUGCUCAGAACAACCACCUUGCCGGCCAAUCUGGGGGCGACCUGCUCGCUGAGGAAAAAACACUUCUUGAAGGGAACCAGUCGGCUGAUACAGAGACAGCACUGGAAUAAAUGACAAUUACUGAACUAUACGGUCAAGCGAUUUAUGGACAUAUGCAACACUGUCAAAAGAACAGUGAGAUAAUAUCCUGUACUGUAAAUACUGUAUACGAUUAUUUAGUGAGAUUUAUUGUUUACUAUUUUGUGGUUGUUCAUACUGGCUGAGGUUUCUGUCGAGGCUUCAUGUUCUCGGUGCUGCGUGAAUGUUUUCUCUCUCUCUCAACAUCAGCCGUAGGAUUGAUUGUGGAUCUGCUAAGGAUGUGGCCUGCCAAUGACGGAUGAAGCAGAUCUGCAUGACGCUGCAUGAGAUGAGUGAUAUACACUGGAUACGUCCCUUGUGUCCCUCUCUGGGCAGACCGCGGACAGGCCGGAGGCACUACGUCGCACAGGAGCCUUGGCUACACUGUGUUCUCUAGGUGGAACCGGAGAAGGGGGCUCAGGACAAGGAGGUCUGGACAUCGGUUAGGCUACAGUGCGUGCAAUAUCGACCUAGCUAUGUGAAGAAUGUCGAUGGAUGGAUGUCUUAAAGUGAAUGCUAAAUAACGUCAAAAUAACAGAUCUGUCAUUCAUAAAAGCACUGUAUAGUUUAAUUAUGGUCAAUCAUAUUGUUCUGACCAUGUGGCUUCACAUGGGGAAAUUCCAGUUUUAUAGCACUCAGAUGUAAAAUAGCAGCACACAAGAAUAAGAAUAUAACAUCUACACUGAGCAGUCUUCAUUACGCGGCCUCAGAGCUGCUCAUUCGCUGGGAUGUCAAAACCGACAGCUGUGGAGAAAAUAACAACUGUCACCCAAAUGAAUUCAGAUCAUAUUCACAGUUCCACAAUAACUGUGUGUAUUAUCGGGGUAAUCAGUGUAAGUAGCCUUGUAUGUUAUGAUAUUUACAUAAUCUUGAGCUCUCACAAAAUAUGAAACAUACAUGAUUGUUUGUGGAAAAAUUAUGAAGAAAUCUCACUUAUGCAAGAGCAGCUGAAGGAUAUAAAAUACACAAAAUGUGCAGCACACUGUAUAUUUGUAUUCCACAGAUGUCACAGUGUGACUGUAAGAUUGCACUGUUUUUAUCAUUAGUCGUACUUGUUGUGUAGCAGUCGCAGCCCUUUGCUCGGCAUCGGUUACUCGUCUUUGUAGGCAAAUCGACUUCUCUUGAUACUCUGCUAGCUGACUCCCAUACUGCAUACACAUAAAAGCACUCUUUAUUUACCUCGAUCUUAAUCCAGAUUAAACCAAUAUACUUCUUGUAUUUAAUAGCGAUGUCUCUUCAGCUGCUCACUAUUUUCAUUACUAUUAUUUAUUUUACCACAUUCGUGAGGACAUACAGCCUUGACUUAAGAGUUUUCAAGUUAAGUUAUGGGCUGUCGCCUUGUUUACAAACAACAUUUGCGGACGAAUAUUUCUCGUGUUUAUGAAUUAUGCUUCUUGGCAUUCUUACAGAACAUUUUUGCUUUCUCUCACAUUGUGUAACUGUUAUUCGCUCCGCACGUCAUCUUUUUUUGUUGCUGUAAAUUAGCCUUGAGUAAGGCUAGUGCUAUGUCCUAAUAAGGAAAGCCUGCAGCCUCCGCUGAGCUUUCGUGGGCAGAGGCACAUCUUUUUUUCCCAACUUUUUCUUCUCAAGAACUGUAAACGAUUGUCCGUGCUUGUGCAGAGAACAGAGCACCGUAGGACAGCAAAGCCCAGAUGGCCCUCUCUUCCGCUGGAGCUGAGGAGCGUGCGGGAGAGCCAGAGGAGGGCUACAUAUCAUUCUCAAAGGCUGCGCCAUUCAAAGUCACUUUAAAUUUGCUUUUAUUAUGUUUUAUUAGGUUUUUAUAUUUAUAUUAAAAUCUUGUACUACAUCGUC